CUGAACAAUGGGUCGAAGAAAGAUCGAGAUUCGUCCUAUAAAGGACGACAGGAACCGCUCAGUGGCCCAGCUGAUUUCGCAGGCAAAGGUGGUGGUGAUGAUGAUGAGGANGGGGACGAGGAGCCUGUCGAACAACACGAGUCACACUCACCACCAGAACCUGCAAUGAUCCAACACCCUCUUCAACACCAACCGGGCCUCCAGCACAUGAGAAACUCUGCGCCUUCUGCAUCGCCGCCCAUUCCGAACGGCGCAAUGCCCACUUUCCCUCAGCGCAUGGCCACUCCUCAACCACCGAACGGCUCACGUCCUUCGUCGCGCGUCUCACACUUCCGCCGUACUAGCUCGAAUCUGGUGCCUCAGCACAUGGGUACUCCGUCGCAAGCUCCUGCUCCUCAGCCUUCCUACGCAUACUCUCCGAACCCUCCGUAUCAUCCUCCUCCCCCGAACCCUGUCAUGCAACGACCUACCCCACAAGGCUUCGCUGUUCAACCNUCCCCAGUAUUACGCCGCUUACCCCCACCUACUCAGCAACAAAUGCAAGCCGCUGCUCAGCAGGCAUAUUUGCAAGAACAAAGAAGGCAAUCUUCCGUCCCUCCACACUUUAUGAGCCAGGUUCAUCCAGGCGCCCAGCAGCAUAUUCCUACACCACAGCAGCAUUAUCAACAAAACCAGUCACACAGCGCACAGCCUUCUCCUCAACCCGACCAGAACACUUUCCAGAGUCCCCCACUGCCCCAGCCGAGACCCUUACCGGCUCAUGCAAGAUCGCAUAGCAUAUUCACGCCAAUUGACGAUAGCCGCUCACUUCUCGCUCAGCAUUGGGGUGGAAGCAGUUCCAGCUAUCGAGAACCAGUUAUCAAAACCGAAGCUCCCCGCUCGCAUUCAGUCGAUGUGUCUUCUGCGCCCCGUCAGAGGACUGAUGAUGCAGCUUCAAAUACCACCGAGUCGACAGCAGUGGUUGCACCACCACCAGCAGUAUCUAAUCCUACUAUGAAAGCGCCUCCGCCAGGACCUCCCCAACAUACGGGCUCUCUAUCUUCAAUACCUGGACCCGUGCGCCCCGGNGGUGCGGCUGCGGAAGCGAAACGACCACGGUUGAAGGUACAGAUUCCUAGUGAGCAAUCAGAUGGAGGCAGUGCGACAGCAGAUUCAUCGCCCAAGGAUGGUAGCACAGCGACAGCCACCCCGAUGCGUGUCGGUCAAGGGGUAGUUCUUCCACCUCCGUCACCCUCGACGAACGCAGUCCUCUCUGCUGGUGCAUCUGGACCGCCCAAUCCGUUCGCGCGACCGGCACCGCCUAUCAGUACGAACCCACAUGCGAACCGUGAGCGAGAUCACAUUGAAACGCCGCUAUCUGCAUUGCCCAGCCGGGUCAUGGAUGGAAACCAUCUNUUGCCCAGUCCGUCGUCAUUUUGGCCUGAUGCUUGGUUUGGGAGAGACAAUAAUAUGAUGCCGAGUCCGCUCAAUUUCCAAACGCCAGUGGUGUUGAGUGGGCCAGGAUUCAAGGAGGAAGACGAGAAGAAACGAAAGGCAGAGGAAGAAGCAGGAGGAGGUGGAAAGAGAGCGAAAGAA